AUGAAAUCGACAAUUUUCAUCGCUUUUCUUCUUAUCGGUGUUGCACACUGCUUCUUUGGCCCUAUCAGCCAAGUCAUCAAUAAUGCCGGCAAUUCGGUAAACUCCGUCACUAAUCAAGUUGGGGAUUCUAUCAAUUCAGCAGCGAACCAAGUUGGCGACUCUAUCAAUACCGCUGCAAAUCUACUCAGCGAAUCAGUGGACAAAUUCGUCAAUGACAUUCGUGGUCAUGUUGAUAGUUUCAUUCGAGAAUUAUUAAACACAAUCAAUCAUCUCCAAGCAACUGCUAGUUCCUUGUGGAAUAAUGCUUUCAGUCCAAUAUUUGAUAUGUUAACUUCAGGUAAACAAACACCAUUGAAUGAGAAAUUCAAUGCUAUCGGUGCUAUUCUUGGGCGUCCAAUUGCCGUUCCGGAAAACCCGCUUUCAGAAAAAUACUCACAACUGAUGGCUCGUUUGAAAUCAAACAUUCAUCAUUUAUAUGAAGAAGUAUUUAUGUUAGCACAUGAUACAUUAGCGGCUGUAGAAAAAGGUGAAUUCGAUUUCGAAGAACGUAUCCGUGCUUUCUACGGUAAACUCGAUGCCAUUCAGAAGCAAAUCAACGAAUGGGUUGCGGAAACAAAAGCUGAACUAGAAGCACAUGCUCGCAGAAUCGAAGGUGAAUGGACUCAAAUUGUCAGUCAAUAUAAUCAAAACAUUGACUUGAGUGUGAAAACCAUUGGUGGCAUGUUUCAAGAAUUAACACACAAUUUGAUGAAAACUUUCAUCAACGUUGCUGUCAGCGUUGUUCCUAAUGCUAUGAGUAUCGUUCAGAGUAUGAAAGAUCAAGGUUUACUUUCAUUUUUCCGUCAAUAA